GCCGACCCUUCAAAAUAUCUAUCAAGACACGCGUCAAGCUUCAGUUUGGCUUGGAAAUAUUCGAAUACGAUGUCUGGGAUAGUAAAGGUAGCCGUCACGCAACAUGAGCCUGUGUGGUUCGACCUCCAGGCCACAGUGGAUAAAACUUGUCGAUUGAUCGAAGAGGCGGCGAGUAAUGGGGCACAGCUUAUCGCGUUUCCUGAGGUGUGGAUUACAGGGUAUCCAGCAUGGAUCUGGGCACGCCCCCUCGAUCCUCCGCUAGCGACCAAGUACAUCAAGACCUCCCUGUCUUACGACUCAAAAGAAAUGGACCAAAUCUGCGCCACCGCACGCAAAGCGCACAUAACCGUGAUCCUCGGCUUCUCCGAAAACGACCACAAUUCGCUGUACAUCGCACAAUGCACCAUUUCCUCCUCGGGCACCAUCAUCAUGAAGCGCCGCAAAUUCAAGCCCACACACAUGGAACGCACUGUCUACGGGGACGCCGGGGGCUCCUCGCUCAACAACGUCAACGACGUGGAGGGCGUGGGCCGCGUGGGCGCGCUCAGCUGCUGGGAACAUAUACAGCCGCUGCUCAAGUACCAUACGAUUAGCUUGAGGGAGCAGAUUCAUGUGUCGGCCUGGCCGCCGCUGCAUCCGCAUACGGAGGAUAACCAGGGACUUUUUAGUAUGACGGCUGAUGGCUGUGCGUUGCUCUCACAGACUUACGCUAUGGAAUCGAGCACUUUCGUGCUGCACUGUACGUCUGUCAUGACGAACACCGGUGUGGACGUGCACAAGUCCGAAGGCACCUUAUUUGGCGUCUCUGGCGGUGGUCAUUCCGCUGUCUACGGGCCUGACGGGCGGCGUUUGACCAAGGCGAUCCCCGCUGAUCAGGAAGGGUUCGUGUAUGCGGACUUGCCGAUGGAUAUGCUGGUCGGGCUGAGGCAUUUUGUGGAUCCUGUGGGACAUUACAGUAAACCGGAGCUGCUGUGGCUGGGAGUUGAUACGAGAGAGAAGAAGCAUGUCAGAGGAGAGGGGGAGAAUGAGGAGGGAGAGGUUAAGAAGCUGAAUGGUUUGAGUCUGGGUCGAGGAGAAAGUGGGAAAGCGAAUGGGACUGCGACGCCUCAGGGCGCGUACUGAGCGAUGUGGAGAAGUCUGGUGGCAAUUUGUGUUGUCUCAUCUUGAUCCUUAGCAGACGUGGAACGAUUCUCAAAGUCCAAGCUUGAAAGAGGACGCUCUAACAGCU